AUGAUCACUGGACGGGGUGGGAGAAUAGAUGAUCUGACCUCAGGGGAACAGACCCGACAACCUGGUAAUGAAACCUCUGAGGCUGAACCACCUAAGGAUAAACCUCAAGUAUGUGAGUGGUGUGGGAAGGGGUUCAAACAAGUCGCCAAACACCAGUGGAGAUGCAAACUGAGACCGCAAGACGAGCUUCGUGCUGCUGAGAAUACAGAAACGGAAGUGGAUGUUGGACCAGCGGAGGGAGAUCGCUACUGUAAGUCGGAGCUGAAGUCAAGCCCGGAAUCAAACCACAGUGCUACAAUGACAGAAGCCUGCUCAGCUAGUUUCUCUGCGAAAGACAAACCCCCAGAACAGAUAGAACUGAAGGAUACUCUAAAGUUAUCCUUACCACAGGCAAACAAGAUGAAUGAAUGGAAAGGAAUUGAUGAAGACCUAAGCAUUGCCAUCGGGAACAUCGUGAAGGGUAAAGACCCAGAGAAAGAGCUAAAGACUAUGGAGCUUACUAUCUACGAGUACUUGGCUGACAGAUAUGGACAGGAAGAACGGAAACCAUACCUUGAUAAGCCCAAUAAGGAAGGACCAGUCACCAAGACCCUCAGGAAAAAGAAGAAGGACACAGCACGCGAGUAUAGAGAGGCUGUGAGAGAGGGCGGAGUCACUUCUGGUGGUGCCAAAGCAGUAAGAGCGCAGUACUGGAGACUAGUGAGAAUCCACAACAAGUCUAGGCGUGAACAGUUGAAGAAGAGGAAAAAGAAAGAAAAGAAGAAGGAGACCCAACGCUUCAGGAGGAACCCCUAUGACUACAGUAAAAGACUCCUUGAUGAGAAGAUCUCGGGAGAGCCUACCUUCGGCAAGGAAGAGGCUGACAGAUACUACCCCAAGGAAUACAUGGACCGAGAUAGAUGUUAUGUCUUCGAAAAGAUGGCAGGAAUACCAGAUGCCAAAGACCCAGUGUACCCCUUUGUGUGCACAGUACCUACUUACGAAGAGUUUGAAAAGAAGAUCAAAACACGACGCAAUGGAUCUUCACCAGGGCCCAACGGAGUGCCAUACAUAGUUUACAAAAGGUGUGCCAGGCUGAGAGAACUAUUGUAUGCGUGUAUUAGUAAACUCUGGUUAUCAAACAGUGUCCCCUUGCAGUGGAGAAUUGGAGAAAGCAUCCUACUUCCCAAGACCACGGACCUUAGUGACCCUGGCAAGUUUAGGAACAUCACUAUGACUAACACCAGUGGGAAAGUGGCAAUGGGUAUGCUAGCUGAUAAAAUGCUCGACUACAUGACCACCAAUAAGUACAUCGAUACCUCUGUGCAAAAAGGCUUCCUGCGCAAGAUGCCAGGAUGCAUAGAACACACACAAGCGCUCAUGGAGGAACUGCGGGAUGCAAAGAGUAAGAGAAGACAGGUGUAUGCAGUAUGGGUGGAUCUUAUGAAUGCUUAUGGGAGAGUACCCCAUGAGCUGAUAGUGUUUGCGCUUCGGCACUACAAGUUCCCAGAAGAAGUGGUCCAAUAUAUUGUCAAGUACUACGACGAACUGGUAGUACGGGUGAAGACGAAGAAGUGGAAGAGUGAGUGGUUCUACUACCUAAUUGGGUUGUUUCAAGGGGACCCGCUUUCUGUCGUGCUAUUCUUAAUAGCAUUCAACCUACUCUUGGAUUUACUUCAGGUCGACAGAACAAUGGGAUACAAGCCGUCGUUCAGCUCUGAGCCAACUACAAACAGAGCUUUUGCAGAUGAUCUCACCCUGCUGUCUGACAGACUCGACAAAAUGAAGAGGCUGGUCGGGCAAAUGGAGGAAUUCUUAGCAUGGACAAGGACGAUGAGAGCUAAACCCAGCAAGUGUAUUGCUCUCGGAAUGAAGGUAGUGGACAAUACCUACAGAUCGUUUGACCCUGAGAUCAUCAUUGCAAACGAGAAAGUAGCGUACCUUGGUGACACACCGAUAAAGUUCCUUGGUCACUGGAUUUACGUCAACCUGGGCCAAGAUGAGACGAGAGAGCUAAUCACCACUCAACUUUCAGGCCAGCUGGAAAAGGUAGACAUGGCGGAGCUCUCUGGACCAAGCAAGUGCUGGAUCUACAACCACAUGCUAACUAGCAAAGUACAGUGGAAUAUUAUGAUAUACAACCUCCCAGUAUCAUUCAUCCAGACACUAGAGGCUCUUUGUACCAGAUACUUGAAGAAAUGGCUUGGAGUUACUACUUCCAUAUCGAAUAGUGUGCUGUACAGAUCAAAAGACCACUUUGGACUAUCGUUAAAGCAGAUCUCCAACCUGUACAAAUGUCUACAGGUGUCCAAGGCCUAUAUGCUGAAGACAUCGGUUGACCCCAAAGUGAGGGAGGUUUUCGAGUACAGAGAAAACACCAACAGAGACAAGAAGAGAUGGGACUACACCAAGGAGCUGACUAAUAGGGAGAGAGACCUCUACUUCAAAGAACUGAUUGGCUACGUGCAGACCAGGGAAGGAGCCGGUAUUGGAUUCGGUGAUCAGAGGAGGAAGAAGAACAAAAAGGAGCAACUGGUGGAGAUAAUUAAGUCUCUGAAAGAAGAGGAGCUCCUUCAAACUCUCUACGAUAAGAGAGUCCAAGGAAAGUUUCUAACCUGGAAGAACACCAUGCAGCUAGACACUGGCUGGCAAAGCCUGCUGUAUACCUUGAGCCCCGAGCUGACAAAGUUCCACCUAAAUGCCAUCCACGACGUUGCAAGUACACCUAGCAACCUCCAGCUUUGGAACUACAGCUCCACGAACAACUGUCCCCUUUGUGGGCGUCAGCAGUGCAACCUAAAGCACAUUCUAACGUGUUGCCCAGUGUCGCUUAAACAAGGAAGGUAUAAUUGGAGACAUGAUCAGGUGCUCAGGGUAAUCGUGCAACCAAUUGCAGAGAAGCUGAGGGAGAUAAACAGUGCUACCCCAAAGACAGAAGUAAAGAGAGAGUGGAGGAAGUUCGUAUCCGGAAAAGGAACCUACAGGAAACCCGAAGUACGGCUUACAGAAGAACCUCAUCUUCUAGAGGAAGGUAACGACUGGAAACUAGUGUUUGAUGAGGACGAAAGGACAAGACAAUUCCCCCAACAUAUUGUCAACACAGCUCUCAGACCUGAUGUGGUAAUAUACUCUAACACACUCAGGAAAGUCAUCCUGAUAGAGCUGACCUGUGGAAACGAGGAGAACUUUGAGGACCAGAGAUCCCGGAAAGAGAAGAGAUACGAAGAGCUAAUGGUGGAGAUCGAGACCGCAGGCUGGGAAGGAUAUCUCUUUACAGUAGAAGUUGGAUGUCGUGGAUUCUACCACCACACAUUACCCCGAAUUUUCAACUUCCUUAACAUCACCCGGGCAAAGAAGAAGAGGGCACUUAACACAACAGCGGUGGUGUCCCUGAAAGGUUCCUACACUAUCUGGCUUAGUCGCUACAACAAGACCUGGAGUGACAACUGGCAGCUGGCUGAAAGACCCUGCCCAGUUUAA